AUGGAGACCAUUGACUACAUGGAGACUAUGAAGUUAUUCAAAGAUUAUAAUGACACCUUUCGUUCUAUAUUUAGACUUAAUACCUCCAAUGAAGACGAAAUCAACAAAAUUUACAUUAAUAUCAAAAGUAAUUUGUUUGAGAAAACGUACAUUACGCCAUCUUUGAUUCUAGGGAUAAUCCAAAAUGCAGCAAAUUACAAUUUUCGUUUCUUUAGAUCAUACUGGACUUUAUUCAAAAAGAUCUACGACGAGUAUCACCCUACAAAAAUUGAAGACUGUUCGUGGGUUUUUUGUUACAUUUUUUAUAAGGAAUAUGGUCUCCUUUUAGAUAAAGAGCAUGAUUUUGAUAUCGAAGAUCCUGAAAUGAUUGAAUCAUUAAAAGCUCAUGAAGAAAACACCAUCUACAAGGCAAUUAUUGAUGAUGAUUUAAAUUCGUUUAUUGUUUUCACAGAGAAAGAAGGUUUUGAUGAAAAUCAAUUAAUGUAUAGCUAUAUUUAUCCUGAUUUUGAAUUAACUUUACUUGAUUUGUGUUGUUAUUAUGGAUCAGUUAACUGUUUUAAAUUAAUGAGAUCGAAAUUCAACUCAGAAAUCACUGAAAAUUGCCUUCACUAUUCGUUUUUAAGCGGAAAACCAGAGAUCAUGAAUGAAUGUUUGAAAUUUCAAACACCAGAUGAUGAGUGUAUGGAUUAUGUGAUUACUUCAUAUAAUAUUGAUUUUGUUACUUUUAUAAUGGAAAAUUAUAACAUAGAAAUUGAUCCUUUUCAUUGCGAGAAUGUCUUCAAUCUUCAAGCAUAUUUUCUUCAUUUUUUCCAUACUAAUGAUUUGCCAACUUGCUUUACACAUUCACCAUUCUUUUAUAACAAGUCUCUUUGUGAAUUUUUGUUAUCACAUGGUGCGGAUGUUAACCAGGAAGGUGUUGAUGGAAGAUUCGUUCUCGAUUAUGCUUGUUUGAAGAAUAUUAAAGAGCUUGCAGAAUUUUUUAUUAAUAAUGGUUCUCUUCUUUAUCCAAGUGAUUUCGAUGGGCUGACAAGUCUACAUUUCGCAGCAAUGGGAGAUAGUAAAGAAACAGCAGAAAUGCUACUUUUACAUGGUGCGGAAAUCGACCCAUAUGAUCAUGAAAAUAAAACACCUCUUUGUUAUGCAAUACAUGACUAUAAUUUUGAAACAGCCAAAUUUCUUAUCUUGCAAGGUGCAGAUGUAAAUGCAGAAGAAAUCAUUCAUAUAGCAGCAGUAGCAGGUUCUGUGGAAAUUAUUGAACUUCUAAUCUCCCAUGGAGCUGAUGUCAAUGCUAAAGAUUACCUCGGAAAAAUUCCUCUUCAUUAUGCUGCUCAAGGUAAUUCUACAGAACUACUUGAAACACUAAUUUCAAAUGGUUCUGAUAUCAAUGCUAAAGAUGAUGAUGGAAGAACGCCUCUUCAUGAUGCUAUACCAAGUAUGCAUCCGCAUAUAAUUGAUUUUCUUAUUUCUCAUGGUGCUGACAUUAAUGCUGUAGAUAACUUUAAUAGAACUGCAUUACAAAUUGCAGAAAAUACCGAUAAUGAAGAAAUAAUUCAGUUAAUCAAUCGUUACAUUAAUCAAAAGUAG